AUGCUUUUAAGUUUUCAUUGGGCAGAUGCACCGGGCAGAAAAAUAAGAAAACCAACUGAGUAUGCCUCACUGGACGAGUCAAUAGAGCUACCAAGCAUAGAGGAGGUGGACACUCUUCCCAUAUUCACAGCAGAUGAACAUGUAGAAAUUAUAAAGCUAGAAGAAAUAGGGUCAGAUGCUCUUAACAAAAUGUACACAGUAGACAUGCCAUCGAAUGUCAGCAUUAAGUGCAAGGGAAUAUCUCGGGAGGAGUAUAGGUUUUAAUUGGAAUAAUCAGAAGUUGGGGAGUAUUACAAGCUUAAAUAAAGUGGCAA